UUCAGUUUGGAGGUGAGAGCGACGAAGUAGAGAGUCGUGUGGGCUCUAGGAGGUGUAUUCGCGUUCACAAGUGUGUGUGGAGUGGAACACUGCUGUAGGCGGGAGCGGAACAUGAAACCCCCGCCCCAGCCACACUGAACGCCACAGCCCAGAGCAUGCGAACACGGCGCACCAGGAAGGGUGACCUUAACUUGACAUAAACGACGAUGGCGAGCAAGCUGGGCGCCCCCGCGGGAGAGGCCCCGCCAACACACUGCCCCAUCUGCCUGGACACGUGGGACGCCGAGGACCACCUCCCCAAGUUCCUGUCGUGUCAUCACAGCGUCUGCGUCUCCUGCGUGGGCCUCCUCCACCAAGCUGCUCUCAAACACGCCCCCGUGUCCGGCACGCCCACCACGCCCACCUCGACACUGGCACGCCUGACGGGCUCCAGGUCUUCCCUCAAUGAUCCUGAGGAGUCCGGGCUCUCCUGCUGGGUGAAGUGUCCUCUCUGCCGCUCAGACACACUCGUCCUCGACCCUCUCGCUCUCCAGACCAACUUCUACCUCAGGGGGCUACUGCGCACCCACUCCCUCCCCAGGCUGGUGCUGUGGUGCGACACGUGCUGCUGCGUGGCGGCGCCCUCCUGCGUCCGGCACGACCUCCGCCCUCUCCAGGACAAGAUGCGCCGCCUCCAGGAGGAACUGAUAGCAACCGCUGGGGAGGCGUGCGGGUUGGCGUGCGGCCGUGUGGCAGAGUACGAGCGCCAGGUGGAGGUAUACAGGUGGACGUGCAGGGUGCUGCGGCACGCCCACGCCCGGGUGCUGGCCGCCCUCACCCACGCCCAGCAGCAGCACCGAGCCUUCAACCACCACAACAAGGACAUUCUCCACCUGGUAAACCGCGGGGAGGCGCUGCAGGGGACACGCGAUGCAGAAGAGGAAGCCAUCAGCGGCCUGGAGAAUGUGGUGAAGGAGGUGAAAGAAAAGCAGGAUAAAAUGUGUGCAGAGAAGGAGCCGCCGACGCUGAAGGAGAGCUUCCACGUGCCAGGUAGCCAUAAGGGCCCACAUGGGUUCCACAGGGCUGUGCUGGUCCUGGAGGCCGACGACUCCCUCACACUCUCACUCCACGGAGGGGACGAGCUAGAGUCUCAGGAUACCGAUAGCACCAAGGAAGACACAAAAGAUAUAACGCAGUUCAAACCCUUCCUGUCUUUGCAGAACCGACAGAAGAAGACUGCAACACAAGCAAAAAUGCAGGUCACCCAAUCCGCUUCACUGCGCGAGGUUAAAGGGGGGUUAUCGGUGAAGGAAGAACCGCGUUCCGCCGCCGGAGUUGAGAAGGAGACCCGAUGCCCCAGUCAAUCCUCAACCAAUCCAAGCUCUGAUUCUUGUGUGCAGAAUUCUCACGGCCUUCCAUUUCGUCAGCCCAAAACAAGUGUUAGUGAUCCUACAAACGUGUAUGAACCAGAGCACCCGAUCAACGACACGUUGACACAAGUCGCAUCCAGCAACAGCCUCUCUCUACCGAAAAAGCUUACCACAGCAGCACCAAGUAGAGAUAUCACAUACAGUGACACUCCGGCACCAAUAAACCCAGAUCAUCACUUCAUCAUUGCUGACACUAGACACAGGAGCAUCCAGGAUGAACACAUCCGGCACCAGCGGGCGAGAGGGCACGCUGCUGCCCCGCGGUAUGGCCGCCAGAAGUCGAGACGCUCACGACGAAGAGCAGGAAAACCUCGAUGUAGCAUCAUGUAACUUACUGAAUUGUGUCUAUGUAAAGUAUACUUUAACAUAUUUACAAUAUGUAGCAUAUGGCAAUGAACUAAAAUUAUAUAUUUAUUGUAUUUUGUCCAGAAUGUACAAUAGAUGUGAUGUGUCGCUUGGUCUCUAUGUUAGACAAAAUUGGAUUUGGCCAAUAACUGGAUGAGUGACCACAUGGCCAAUGCCUUGCCCUUGACUAUGAAGUCCUGGACAAGCUCAUUGAGGAUUCGUUCCCCCCCCCCCUCCCAACAGUUGUACUAAUAUCUAAAUAAAGUGAAAGUUGUGUCAAGUAAAAUUGGUAAGAGUGCGCAGCUUCACCCGUACACAACACAAUAUAACCGAAAUACUUUAUUAUGAGCCGCUUAACGUAUGAGGAAAUAAAUCUUGAGUACCAGAAAGCUAUGACGUUCCAAACACUUUAUUGACUGGAAUCAAUCCAUAAAUUACACGGAACGUGAUGCAGUGUUGUAGUGAGAAAUGGCAUGAUAACCCACUAGGCUGCCGGACACAGCUCCUGAGUGUCAGAAAUAUAAAAAGAUUCGAGCGUGUAGCUUGUGCUCUGAGAAUGGACGAGGAUAUAACCAUAACAUUUAUCAGACGACAACAUUAAUUAUUUUGUACCCUUUAUAUUAUUUACUUUUACAUAUUUCUUGAACUAAAAAAAACAAGGUGUAAACGUUAUUGAUGCAUUUCAUAUCAUGAUUACCUUAGUGUUAUAUUAGAUUUACGAUUUAUAUAAUGAAUAGUGUUAAUAUUAAUCAUUAACCAAUAUACUGAAGAAUGUA